GAGUACUGAGAGGAGGUCAUUAAGGAAAGAAGCCCAAUCAUUUCUAAAAUGACACGACUUCUUAACAAAUUACGGCAAUAUGUUAGUACCACCUUUCAUCAUGUCAAUUAAGUUUUUAAGUCGUAAAUCGUUCAAGUUCUGAUGUAGUGGGUAUCUUCAAGCUGUAGCGAUAGUGCCACAUACAAAAAGUGAAACAGUCUGCAGGGUUAGCCACUGAUGAUCCUCAACAGCUCUGUGUAAAUCUGCAUAAAUCUGCCUGUAUUGUGUCUGGUAGGAUUAGCUGUUAAUCCUAAUCCCUUUGUGGCAUCAGCUUAAGCCAAAUCCAACAUAAUCUGAGGACUCCCAAAUCGUCCAAUCAGGAUGAGGCGAGCAGGUCUGGAAGCCAGUGGCAAUCACACCUACUCAGACUACAACGCAGUCGAAGAUGAAAACGAGCGACUCGUGGACAGUCUACAUGAAAAAGUCUCCACGCUCAAAUCGCUUUCCAUCGAUAUUGGGACUGAAGUACGAGAGCAGAACAGUUUCCUCAAGCAGUUGGAUGACACCUUUGAUACGUCGGGAGGCCUGUUGUCCUCCACCAUGGGCCGGUUGACCAAGAUGGCGCGGUCCGGCCACAACUGCUACCUGUGCUACCUCCUCCUCUUCUCCUUCUUUGUCUUCUUCGUCAUCUACUUCAUCAUCCGGUUCAGAUGACGUCACACGAGGGCGCUAUUUGGAGCCUUCGGGGAUUCGAUCUUUACGCACGGGGUUACUGGAUCCAUCGAGUUAGAUUGUGGAUAACAGUGAAACAUGGUUCAACAUCACAGAAUAUCAGCAAUGAACAAUUAAGGUGCUGCGAGAUUGAAAAUGUGUUGCAUCUUGAUAGCGCCAGCUGUUGAUUUGAGAUGUCAACAUGGCAGGCAAGAGGUCUAUGAGUUCACGUGUACUGUCAGUUGAUCUUGCUUUCAUGUAAUAUCUUCACAUCUAAUUAACAUUUUGCAGAUAAUGUUCCCCUCUUACAAAAACAAAACAUAAUGGAAAUCACAGAAAAACUAGCCGAUGGUAGAUAAAAAUUUUACGAGGCCACAAGAAUGAAUAGUGCCCAUCUGCCAAUUGGCGGCCACAAUUCAAGAGUCAUGGCGUAAG